UCUCUCUUCUCUCUCUCUCUCUCAUGCUUUUUCCCCCCAGCCCUUCUGUGUUCAGCUGCAUUCAUGUCGACUGUCCACGGAGCCUCUGACUGACCUCAGAACUGUAAAUACUGUCUGAGGGAAAAGUGAACACUGAUUUAUUUACAGAACUCCUGUCCCAACAUGUCUUUGUACAGCUUCGGGUUGGAGCCUCUAUCCUGUCACGCCUGGAACAAAGACCGAACUCAGAUUGCCAUCAGCCCCAACAGCAGCGUGGUGAACAUUUACCAGAAGAAGGGGAAGGAGUGGAGCAAAAUCCACGAGCUGAAGGAGCACAGUGGGCGGAUCACAGGAGUAGACUGGGCCCCGGAGUCGAACCGCAUCGUGACGUGUGCCUCAGACAGAAACGCCUACGUGUGGACUCUGAAGGAUGGCGUGUGGAAGCCGACUCUCGUCCUCGUUCGCAUCAACAGAGCUGCCACGUGCGUGAAGUGGUCACCUCUGGAGAACAAGUUUGCUCUGGGAAGUGGAGCCAAACUCAUCUCAGUGUGUUACUUCGAGAAAGAGAACGAUUGGUGGCUCAGUAAGCACAUAAAGAAAGGGAUCUGCUCCACCGUGCUCAGUCUGGACUGGCAUCCGAAUAACAUCCUGCUGGCUGCCGGAUCAGCUGAUCUCCACUGCAGGGUUUUCUCCACGUAUAUCAAGGAAAUCGAGGACAAGCCCGGCCCGACGCCAUGGGGAGCCAAGAUGCCGUUUGGUGAAAUGCUUCUGGAGAAUAAAGACUGUGGCGGCUGGGUGCACAGCGUGGCCUUCUCACCAUCCGGAGACACGCUGGCGUGGGUCAGCCACAACAGUGCCAUCAGCGUCGCCGACGCCACACAGGGCAAAGAGGUCACGCUGCUGACUACAGAACAUCUCCCACUGCUCAGUGUGCUGUACGCCACCGAGACGGAGACUGUGGCUGCGGGUCAUGACUGUUGUCCAUAUCAGUUCUCCUAUAAAGGACCUGGCAAGCUGGAGUUUGUGCGAAAGCUGGGCAUCAGCAAGCAGACGUCCAAAAACAGCGUGUCAGCCAUGCAGCACUUCCGCAACCUGGACAAAAAGGCCACAACCGACGAGGAGGACGAGCUGAACACUCUACACCAGAACAGCAUCACCCAGCUGUGUGUGGUGGAGGGAAACAAGGCCAAAGUGGAAAAGUUCAGCAGCGUUGGUCUGGAUGGAGCCAUGGUGCUUUGGGAAUUCAAGCACUGAAUCUCACUAACAACGCAGAAAGAUUGGUGGUUGAUCCGACCUCCACGCCACACCAUGCCAAAGAUUUCGGUGUUGUGCUGCUGACGUGCUCCGAAUUAUAACUUAAGAUCAACACUUUAUAUUCUGUUUCAAAAUAAAUUGUCACUGUAAUAGUU